GUUUCUUUUAUUCUGUAAAUCCCGUUAAUGUCUAUGUAACCGUUUCUCUCUGCAAAGUGACACUCCUGUUUUAAUAAACCAGCUUUCUGCGGCCCCACCGCGCAGACUCCCUGCAUCUCAGUGCGAGAGCAUCAGUCAGCCAGCCACCGCCUGGACGACGCCUCGAUCCGACUGGACUGGACCGGACCGGAUCGGAUCGAUGCGGGCUUCGUGUGCUUCCUGCUGACUCUUGUCGUCUAUGGACGUCAAGUAAACAGCUAGUGGCUGCUCGUUAACCUUUACACUCUUUGCUUCUCUCGUCUGGACGCUACCCGCCCAGUCACAAAAUGGCGGACAUGACAGAGCUGCGACCCUCUUACGCCAUGUCUCCUGUCCUGGCGGGCUUCCUGGGCGCGGGUGUCCUGGUUCUCGUGGUGAUCGUCGUGGUUCUGCUGUGGUCCUUCUGUCAGCGUCGUUACCUGCGCAUAUCGGGACACUACAAGCUGCACGGGGACCGUUACUGCGACGCUGAAGACCCCCCCUACAAGUUUAUCCACAUGCUGAAGGGCAUAAGCAUUUACCCUGAGUCCCUCAGCAGCAGCAAGAGGAUUGUACGCAGUGCCAGGCGAGCCGAGCGCGACGGAGUACAUGGUUGCGCACAGGCUGGGGGGAGGGGCCUGGUGUUGGUGGACGCAGAGAAUAACAUCCUAGAUGUCCCGGGUCAACUGCAGAUGAGUCACCUGGUGGCCCCUGCCGGAGCAGGCCACACCCGUUUGGAGCGAGCAUUACCUGUCCGUGCUGAUUACUGUUGUCUGGACAGCAGCUCGGCCAGCAGCAGUCAGACCAGCAGCAAGACCGGGUCGCCCUUCACCCCCGCCUCCUCUGAGCCCGAGCCAGAAGCCAGCCUGGGCGCCGUCAGCCUCACUGUGGACUACAACUUCCCCAAGAAGGCCUUGGUGGUGACCAUCGUUGGGGCCCGAGGCCUCCCCGCCAUGGAUGAGCAAGCCGGCAGCUCUGACCCGUACGUGAAGAUGACCAUCCUGCCCGAGAAGAAGCAUCGCGUGAAGACCCGGGUGCUGAGGAAGACUCUGGAUCCGCUUUUUGACGAGACCUUCACCUUCUAUGGUGUGGCCUACAGCUCGCUGCCAGAGCUCACGCUGCACUUCCUGGUCCUCAGCUUCGAUCGCUUUGCUCGUGAUGAUGUCAUUGGGGAGGCAGUGGUGCCACUGAAGGGUGUGGACCCAAGCACUGGCCGAGUCCACCUGAGCCAGCAAAUUACCAAGAGGAACAUGCAGUGUGAGAGUCGUGGUGAGCUGCUGGCGUUGUUGUCCUACCAGCCGGUGUCUCAUCGUCUCAGCGUGGUGGUCCUGAAAGCUCGACACCUCCCCAAGAUGGACAUAGCCGGCCUGUCUGCAAACCCCUACGUGAAAGUUAACGUCUUUUACGGUGGCAAGUGCAUCGCUAAGAAGAAAACUCAUGUGAAGAAGUGCACGUUAAACCCGGUCUUCAAUGAGUCCUUCAUUUACGAUAUCCCACCCGAGCUGCUGCCUGAGAUCUCAGUGGAGUUCCUAGUGGUCGACUUUGACCGUACCACCAAGAAUGAAGUUCUUGGCCGCCUGGUGCUCGGCCUCCAAAGCCCCGCCCUCACCGGCGCCUCCCACUGGCGGGAAGUCUGCGAGAACCCCCGUCGGCAGAUCUCCAAAUGGCAUACCCUGAGCGAGUACUGAGGAACAUGCUGGGACUGGACCAGUGAAGACUCCUGGAAAUACAGACUAAUACAGUGUACAGCACACACACACAUACACACGCACACACACACACACACACACACACAAUGUGAUGCUAGUUAUUAGACACUCUCUAUUAUCUGUCAACACCACAACAUGUACAUCUGCUAAGAAAAUGCUGAGCUUUUGAAAAAGAAAAAUGACGUUUGUGACGUCUCGCCUCUUGUGUGUGUAAAGCUAUGAAGAAAAAAGACCCCCCCCCCCCCCCCCCCCGCUGUGGUUGUCAUGCAGUUCAUUGCAUGUGUUUGUGAAGAAAAGAACUAAGAAGCUUACCCUCAUGCUGUGGUGGUCUCAGAGGGGAGCUGGCGUGCAGGUAACAUUUGUAAAAUACCGUGUGUGUGUUUGCAGCAUGAAUGUUUGCUUUGUUUUGCUACAAAGAUCUUCUGGAACACUCUUGACACCCCACCCAGCUCCCCAUCCAAGCAACAAUGCUAGUAAGAAUGUUAAACUAAUCACAUCAUCUGUAGUCAGUGUGCGCGACCGACCUAGCAAGUAUCUUACUCCAAAGAUCUCUCUAGUUCAUAUUUCUAUGAUGAUGGUGUGUGUGAUGUCAUUGUUUAUUAAGUUAUGACCUUUGUCAUAAUCCUCUUUUAGCCCACCUCCGCUAUAAUAUUCUGCAAGUCCUCGAAAAAGCACAUUUGAAUCCAUAUGAUCGUGUCUGUCUGGUGCUCUCAUGAAGGCGCAAACAUCUCAUUAUGCAGGCGUGUCCAAACUUUGUCCAGCAAGAGCUGUGGGAGGCUACUUGGUUAAAAAAAAAAAAAAAGCAACUAAAUAUGUUAAAGUUACAUAUAUUUAAAGAAAAAAACAGCCUGCAUGUGACCUUUGUGUUAUUAGCAGCAACAUUUCAACUUUCUCUGCUUUCAGUAUGACUUUUUGCUCUUCUUUUAACAAUUUAUUUUUGUAAUUGCAUUUUUACAAUAUCCCAAUGGCCAAUACAAAACUUUGUGGCUGCAAAUGGCCCCUGGGCUGCAGUUUGGACACUCCUGCCAUAAGAAAAUGUUUUCAAAACUAGUGCAGUGAAUCAUGUGAGCUGCCGUCAAACUAACGUUGCGUCACUUGUAGCGAACAGGAAGUAGAUUACAACACAUCCCAGUGCACCUGAUUAGACUCGUAAAGCUCCUCCCAUCAAUCUGUGGCGUGAAUGAGGCGUCAUGGAGACUGUAGAUUUUGUAUAGAUGUACUUUCUGUGUGAUGUCCUGAAGGCUUUCCUGAUGUAGACCUGAAUGAUGCUAACCUCCCAUUGACGUGCAAAUAAAACAAAUUAGCCUGA